AAAGACGGCGACACUCCUUUAUGUUGCUCCGUCAAGAAAGGCGAAAGUAGAAUGGUAGCGGCUCUACUGAAAUAUGGAGCAACAGUAGCAGCUGGAAAUCUCAAGGGUGAAGCACCUUUAUCUAUCGCCGUUUCUCGCGGAGAGACGUCCAUAGUUACGUUGUUGCUAGCCCACAAGGAAAUCGAUGUCGAGGUUGAGAACGCGAAAGGGGAGACCCCGCUUUAUACAGCAGUCACAAGAGGCGAAGUUUCAAUGACUGUACUGCUUCUCAGCAAGGGGGCGAGUCCUACACAUAGCCCUCCACAUGCAGAGACAAUGUUAAAUUUGGCGGUUUCGAGGGGGAAUCCCUCACUCACCCGCCUACUCUUGAAUCAUGUUGUCGAUGUGGACGUGCCGAACAAAGCUGGAGAGACCCCGUUAUUCAAGGCUGUGUCCAACGGUGAUACCUCCACCGCGGCGCUGCUGGUGGGGAAAGGAGCUUCCGUCAACAUCAUGAGCCCUUCCGGCGAGACGGCUCUAUACAAAGCUAUAUAUAGGGGCGACACAUCGAUAACCUCACUACUAUUAUGCAACGGCGCCAACCCUGAAAUACCCAGUCCGAGUGGAGAAACUCCUCUCUAUCGAGCUGUACACAAAGGUGAUAUCUCGAUGGUGUCAUUGCUUCUCUGCCAUGGCGCCAGCCCAGACACUCCCGCUCCUAGCGGAGAAACACCACUCUAUCGUGCGGUUUGCCGGAAUGAAAGUUCGUUAGUGCUGCUGUUACUGGCGAAAGGUGCGAAUCCAGAUACCGUCGGUGGAAAUGCAGAGACAGCCUUACAGUAUGCGGCGAGUAAGGGGAACAAGACCAUGAUACAAAUAUUAUCGAGCCACACUCGGCAGAAACCGAGCUGAAGCUUUGAAGCUCGCAAACUCUCGAUGUGUGUGUGUAUGAUUAUGAACUAUUUGUUCAUACGGUUGUUUGCUCGAUUCUUCUGUAUAGUUCUGAGCGGGAGUUUAAUCGGAAUGAUUUUGGGAAUGAAUUUGACUGUCCUGCAGGAGCGGUCCGACGGAUGAUUCCAGUGCGGAAAGUUUUAGCAGAGAAAGAGGGAAGUAGGAAUCUGUGAUGUAUUACAUGUAGGCAC